AUGAAGUUGACGACCUUCGAAUUCAACAUCUUCCGGCAAAUCACGGCUGACGAGUUCCUCAAUCAGCGGUGGAAGAAGGACAGCAAGAGCACUGUCGCGCCCAACGUCACCGCCAUGAUCGAGCAAUUCAAUAGGGUUGGCUAUUGGGUGGCCACCGAGAUUGUUCAAGCCAAAAGCCUCAAAGAACAGUUGAAGAUUGUAAAGAAAUUCAUACAGGUCGCGGCUGAAUGCCUUGCAUUGAGCAACUUCAAUUCCUUUAUGGAGAUCCUGUCGGGGCUGAACAACUCUUCAGUGCAGCGACUCAAGAACUUGUGGGAGAACUUGUCCACCAAGUACGAAACGAAGUUUUCCGAGCUGGAGGCCAUGAUGGGCACCAAGCAGAACUUCAGGCAGUACCGACAGGAGCUCAACUCGAGGCCUCUUCCCGCUUUCCCCUACUUCGGAUUGUAUUUGCGCGACUUCACAUUCAUCUAUGACGGCAACCAGACCUACUUGGCGGACCACUCGAUCAAUUUUGAUCUCAUCAGCCUGCUUUACGAGCGAACGCAAGACAUCACUCGAUACCAGAGCUUGAACUACUCCAUCGCCGAAGACGAGCGAAUACAGCAGAAACUGCUGGCUUUGUCGAUCUAUGAUUCUCACAAUGAGGACGAUCUUUACAUGCUGUCACUCAAGGCCGAGCCCAGCCUGUGGAGUAUGAAGAAAUUGGGGCACACACCUAUCUCGGACAUCACCCCGUCGUUCAACGAGACAGAGAGUGAAAGCAACAACACUCACUCGGAUGAUGACACGGAUUCCUACUCCCAGCCUCUCCCAUCGCCAUCAUCGUCCUCUUACUCGCCCCUCUCGAUUCCUCUGGCCAUACCCAUUAAUGUGCCCCUGCCGCCUCCACUCGCAGCGGCCCAGGGCACACUGCACUCUUCGUCCUCCGACCCUUCUCUAGCUUCUUCUCCCAGUCUGUCCACCACCACCGUGCCCGCGAUUUCCCUCACCAAGGCCAAGCCAACUGCCACCCCUAACACAAGCAACAACAACUCUCCCCUCCAAGGCCGGCGACCGCCCAACUCUCCGCGCUCCACUUCUAUGCCGCCCGCGGUGCGGACCACCAAAGAGGAGAUCAGGAGGACGCAAGGGAGACAAUCGAGCGACCUGGACGAGCACCCCUCGCGGUGUGACAGCCAAGAUUCGUUGGACUCCGAGGCGGACUCCGACUCCCAGCCCAUAACCUCGAGCAGAGUGCGGUCGGGGUCGGGAAUCCGCGACAAUGAGAAGAGGACCCGGGCGGACAGAGAGCGAGAGCGCGAGAGGAGGGAGCGUCGGGCGUCGGUGGGGCGAAUGGAAGAAGCCCUGCCCGUCGGCGAGGAGCGGCGAUCGUCGACAUCUUCGCCCCGCGAUGCUGGCACUACCACUUCGCCCAGGGGCGCCGCUCCAUCGAGCCUGAGCCGAGAGUCUCGUGAGCGAGGAGGAGAUCGGAACCGAGAAAAAGACAAGGCAGAGAGGGACCGAGACCGUGAGGCACGCGAUCGCGACCGAGAACGAGACCGAGAGCCUUCUUCUCGAGACAAGGAGCGCCGGCAGAGCUCAGAGAGGCGAUCCCACAAAGAUGAAAAGAAGUCCUCACGGCGCCACUCACGACGACACAAAGAUGGCCACGACGCCCCGCGAUGCCAGGGACCUGAGGAGCUCAUGGACCAGAUGGCCAAGGCCGAGACUCUCGUCGACCGAUACUUUGCUCAGUGUUAUCAGUCGGCUAAGAAGGGCACCAUCGAAGUGUGCGGCGAGCGGUAUCUCCUGUUUAGGGCCUCGGCACUUUCGGCAGAGUUCUUCCAGGUGGUGAAGGACAAGUUCGCGGACAAGGGCAAGGAUUUCGCCUUCCAGUUCCUUUUCGACUUUGGCCACGCGCUCGGCAAGUCUGACGCCGUCAACCUCCAGAAGAAAUCCUCGUGUCCCAACGGUGUGGACACGAUGCUGGCCGGCCCAAUCUAUUUCUCAUACACCGGGUGGGCCUUCAUCGAGAUAUUGCAGGCCAGACCCGAGGCAGGAGAUUCGUUCUUCCUCUACUCCGAUCACAUUUGUUCCUUCGAGGCCGACUCCUGGAUGUCAACGAAGAGCAACAGCAUACUCGAGAGUAUGCCCAAGGGUCCAGUGUGCAUCCUCGGCGCUGGCUACAGCAGCGGAUGGGUCUCCUCCUGUUUCCAUUUCCCAUCGGAGCUGCUCGCCGUCGAGUUGUUGUGUAAAGCUAAAGGCGACGAGCGGUGCUUGUUCGUGCUGGCCACCGAGAACAAGAUACACGAUCACAUCGCUCGAUUUUUCGCCGAGAACAAGCACCUGGCCCAGGGGCACAGGGAGGCACUGUACAUUCCCCAGUUCUUGUCGACUACCCAGACGUACCUUCCGGCCGUGCCCCGAAGUUUGACCGCCGACACGGCUGCCACCAAGCUCAGGCGAAAGCUGUCCAUCAAAGGAAAGAGUACACUGCUGAGCGGAGAGCCGGCCAACCCCAAGAAGCAGCAGAUCUCGGUGAGCAGCGACUCGCUCGGCUUCGCGGCACAGGACGAGGAGGCGCGGUCCAGGAUCGGCCUUUCGCCGGACCAGCUGAAACAGCUCCGGAGCGUGCAGCACAAGGUGGGCCGCGAGUUCUCCAAGCUGUUCCAGGAGAUAUCGUGCGAUCCGACGCGAGGCGAGGUGCGGCUCAACAACGAGCGACACAUCUUCGUGCGCGGCAGCUCGAUCUCGCUCGAAUUCGUGGACCUCGUGGAGAAGGCGCUCGAGGAGCAGCGAGGCGCGGAAGCGACGACGACCAAGCGGCGCAGCUCCAGCGGCGGAGGCCUGAAGCCCGGCAGCGGCAUCGACGAGGCCGAGCGCGAACGCGACGAGCAGCGCGAGCGCGAUGAGCUGCGCCGCGCCGCCGAGACUUUCGCCACCCACUUCCUGUUCGACUUUGCGUCGGCCAUGGGCGGCAACGACCACAGCAACUUCCUCAACAAGAUCGUGAGCGAGAAGAGCGUCGACAUCAGCUACCUCGCCUCGCUUUAUUCCGCGUCGGCCGGCACUUCGUCGUCGGCCGGCUCCGGCGGCGGCGGAGGCUCGGGGCGCAGCGGCGCCAACUGCCCGCCGUCGAUGUUCUCCGACCUGCUGCUGUUCGGCCUGCCGACGGUGAUGGCCUACACGGGCUGGGGCAGCGUCAAGUUCGACUACUCGACCCUCAGCUGCUCGUUCGCCCCGUUACCGAGCCUCUACAGUCUCUUCACCAUGGAGAACUCGAUGGAAGCUUCAGUUUACCUGAAAGCAGCGGAGGAUGAGGACGCCAUGAAGGCCAAGGGCGGUCGGGACAACCACAACAACAAGAAGGAGAGAAGGGAGCUGCUCACGCCUGCGUGCGUGAUGGCUGCCGGCUACGUCAACGGAUUCCUCAACGAGUGCUGGCAGAAGUACUCGCACACAGCGCCGGUCUUCUCCUUUCUAAAGGGACGCGGCAGCGGCGCAUACAACAACGCUGCCGAGACGACCUACCUGGAGAGCCGAGGCCGCGGCGGGUCCGCGGCGCUCGCCGGCGUGCCGCUGGUGGACAUCCUCGCGGCCAAGGACAAGGCCGACGCCGACGCCAGCGCCAAGAGGAAAUCAGACAAGACGCGCAAGUAG